CAAACAACAGUUUUCCGCAGUCUUCUAUCAACUUUACAUUGGAAUACAUGUGUUCUGCAUAAUAUUUUUUAAACCAACCUAUUAACUAUUUAUUUGGUAUAAUAUUUUCAUGUAUUCCAAUUCAAUUGUACAUAAAUCGUGUAAAUAUAAUAUGAUGUUUGAAAAUAUUUAUUUAACUCGUUGUUAGACAACAACAUCGUUGAGGUUAUGAUUAAAAUUCGGAUGUAUUCUACUAUUAAUUUAUUAUCUUUUUUUAUAUUAUUAUUGUUACCAGAUAAUACGUGCUUUUGUUGAUCAAUUGGAUUGUUGAAAUUUUUAACAAAGAUAAAUAUCUUACUAAUUAAGUAUGAAGACCAAUUAUGGUGACAACGCGAAUACUAGCACUGCAACAGAUGCUGAUAAUGAUGUGACAAUUGUAUCAUCAUCGAGUAAAAAGUUACAUGAGCUCCAAAACAAUGAAGCAUUAAACGAAAAUUCAACACUCACUCCACUUUCAAAACAAGCAUAUUUUUCAGAUGCUAAAGUUCGUAUACCAGAAAUAGAAGACUCUUUUUUUAGUUUUAGAAAACUAUGGGCAUUCACGGGACCUGGGUUUCUGAUGUCCAUAGCAUACUUAGACCCGGGAAAUAUUGAAUCUGAUUUACAAUCUGGUGUUACAGCGAAAUAUAAGUUAUUAUGGGUUCUUUUAAGUGCAACAAUUUUAGGGCUUGUCAUGCAGCGGUUAAGUGCACGUUUAGGUGUUGUAACUGGGUUACAUUUAGCUGAAAUGUGUUAUAGACAAUAUAAAAAACUGCCAAGAAUUUUAUUAUGGAUUAUGACAGAGAUCGCAAUUAUUGGAAGUGAUAUGCAAGAGGUUAUUGGUACUGCUACAGCUCUCUAUCUCUUAUCGAAUAAAGCACUACCACUAUGGGCUGGUGUUUUAAUAACCGUAAUAGAUACAUUUACAUUUUUAUUGCUCGACAAAUAUGGUCUUAGAAAACUGGAAUUAUUUUUCGGUUUUCUAAUAACUGUCAUGGCUGUGACCUUUGGCUAUGAAUAUGUUGUUGCUUCUCCACCACAAUCAGAAGUAAUGAAAGGAAUGUUCAUACCAAUGUGUGAAAAUUGUGAUAGUAGUGUUUUACUUCGUGCUGUUGGGAUAGUUGGUGCUGUCAUUAUGCCGCAUAACUUAUAUUUACAUAGUGCGUUAGUAAAGUCUCGAGAAAUUGAUAGAAGACAGCCAAAAAAGGUAAAAGAGGCAAAUAAAUAUUUUUUCAUUGAAUCGUGCGUUGCUCUUUUAGUGUCUUUUAUAAUAAAUGUAUUUGUCAUGGCUGUAUUUGCUCAAGGAUUAUCUGAUAAAACGAAUGCCGAAGUUUAUAAAAUAUGUGAGGCUUCCCACAAUGAUCUAGGAAUUGAAACGUUUCCGAAUAAUACAAUGCCUGUAUCUGCGGAUCUUUAUAGCGGAGGCAUUUAUUUAGGUUGUGCAUUUGGCGUUGCUGCUAUGUAUAUUUGGGCUGUAGGUAUUUUGGCUGCUGGACAAUCAUCUACAAUGACUGGAACGUACGCUGGACAAUUUGCUAUGGAAGGUUUUCUAAAUUUACAAUGGGCUCGAUGGAAACGAGUAUUAUUUACUCGAACUAUUGCUAUUGUUCCGACAUUUUUUGUAGCGUUUUACGCUAAUAUUCAAGAUCUGACUGGAAUGAAUGAUAUUCUGAAUGCGGUUAUGACUUUACAACUACCUUUUGCUACGCUUCCAACAAUUGCGUUCACUAGUAGUGAACAAAUCAUGGGGAAAUUUAAGAAUGGAAAAUUUAAUCAAAUCGCGUCGGUAAUUUUAUCAGCUGUUGUCAUAUCAAUAAAUAUAUAUUUUGUUAAAGAUACAGUAGAAACGGACUUUCCAAAACAUUGGGCGGUUUAUUUAGGAAUUACGCUCUAUGCUAUUUUUUAUCUUGGAUUUUGUUUAUAUUUAGUUAUACAUAUGGCUAUUGCCAUGGGUGCUGAGUUUUUAACGAAUAAUAGAUUUAUUUCAACAUAUAUUGGUGGUCCAAUGGAAAUGAGUUUUUCACUCACUGGACCAACUGAUUAUGCCAGUACAAAUCCAGGAUUUUCCAUUCAAGAAGGAAUAAAUGAAAGCUUUACAUCCCUUGGUGUAUUAUGAUAACAAAUUAAAAACAUUAUAAAUAA